AUCCUCUGCUGGUGGCGGCGGCGGCGGCGGCACCAUGUACGGCUUCGUCAAUCACGCCCUGGAGCUGCUCGUCAUCCGCAACUACGGCCCCGCCGUCUGGGAGGACAUCAAGAAGGAGGCGCAGCUGGAUGAAGAGGGACAGUUUCUGGUCAGAAUAAUUUACGAUGAUUCCAAAACCUAUGACCUCGUUGCAGCUGCAAGCAAGGUCCUUAAUUUAAAUGCUGGGGAAAUUCUUCAAAUGUUUGGGAAGAUGUUUUUUGUGUUUUGUCAAGAAUCUGGUUAUGAUACAAUUCUACGUGUCUUGGGCUCAAAUGUCAGAGAGUUUUUGCAGAACCUGGAUGCUCUGCAUGACCACCUUGCUACAAUUUACCCGGGAAUGCGAGCCCCUUCCUUCAGAUGCACGGAUGCAGAGAAGGGGAAGGGACUCAUUCUGCAUUAUUAUUCUGAAAGAGAAGGUCUGCAGGAUAUUGUCAUUGGCAUCAUCAAAACAGUAGCUCAGCAGAUCCAUGGCACAGAAAUAGACAUGAAGGUUAUUCAACAGAGAAAUGAGGAGUGUGACCACAUUCAAUUUUUAAUUGAAGAGAAAGAAUCUAAAGAAGAGGACUACUAUGAGGACCUUGACAGAUUUGAAGAAAAUGGUACCCAAGAGUCUCGCAUCAGUCCCUACACUUUCUGCAAGGCAUUUCCUUUCCACAUCAUAUUUGACAGAGAUCUGGUGGUCACACAAUGUGGCAAUGCUAUAUACAGAGUCCUUCCACAGCUGCAGCCAGGAAAUUGCAGUCUGCUGUCAGUUUUCUCCUUGGUCCGGCCUCAUAUUGAUAUUAGCUUCCAUGGGAUCCUCUCCCAUAUCAAUACAGUCUUCGUACUGAGGACUAAGGAGGGGCUGUUGGAUGUGGAAAAGUUGGAGUGUGAAGAUGAACUGACUGGCACAGAAAUCAGCUGCUUACGCCUGAAAGGGCAAAUGAUCUACUUGCCUGAAGCAGACAGCAUUCUCUUUCUUUGUUCACCAAGUGUGAUGAACUUGGAUGAUUUAACCAGGAGAGGUUUAUAUCUGAGUGAUAUCCCAUUGCAUGAUGCUACCCGUGAUCUGGUUCUUUUGGGAGAGCAGUUCCGAGAGGAAUAUAAACUGACCCAGGAGCUUGAAAUCCUCACCGACCGACUGCAGCACACACUGCGUGCACUGGAGGAUGAAAAGAAAAAGACAGACACGUUGCUGUACUCUGUUCUGCCACCAUCAGUGGCAAAUGAGCUGAGACACAAGCGCCCCGUUCCAGCCAAGCGCUACGACAACGUCACCAUUCUCUUCAGUGGCAUUGUGGGAUUCAAUGCCUUUUGUAGCAAACAUGCCUCUGGAGAGGGAGCCAUGAAAAUUGUCAAUCUUUUAAAUGAUCUUUACACAAGAUUUGAUAUUCUGACUGAUUCACGAAGGAAUCCAUUUGUUUAUAAGGUGGAAACAGUUGGGGACAAGUAUAUGACAGUGAGUGGUCUGCCAGAGCCUUGCAUGCAUCAUGCACGAUCUAUCUGCCACCUGGCUUUGGAUAUGAUGGAAAUUGCAGGCCAAGUUCAAGUAGAUGGUGAGCCUGUACAGAUAACCAUAGGAAUCCACACUGGUGAAGUAGUCACGGGUGUCAUAGGUCAGAGGAUGCCACGGUACUGUCUCUUUGGAAAUACAGUCAAUCUUACAAGCAGAACAGAAACUACUGGAGAAAAGGGAAAGAUCAAUGUCUCUGAAUAUACUUACAGGUGUCUUAUGACACCAGAAAAUUCAGAUCCUCAGUUCCACCUGGAGUACAGAGGUCCAGUUUCUAUGAAGGGCAAAAAAGAACCAAUGCAGGUUUGGUUUUUGUCCAGAAAGAGUACAGAGACAGAGGAAACAAAGCAAGAUGCUUUCUGAGCUGAGGGAAGAGGAAGAGGACGCUGAAUAGGGUGCAAUACUGUCUCCAAGUAGGGUGCCAGGCAGUAAGGUUAUGUUAUGGAUGUUCUUUUACAUUGUAUCUCCCAUUGCCAUGUGCAGUACCAUUGUCUUUUGCCCUGCUCCUCAAGUCAUACCGUUUUUCUCCAGACUUGCUUGCUAAUUUUUUGUCCUUAUUGUUGGUACUGUUAUACCUUUGCUAUGAGCAUGUAUUUCAAGCUUUCCUUUUUUUGAUAUGCAUUUUUGCAUGUCAGUCAUGUGACCAUUCCUACCACCAGAUAAUGUUGAAUGAAACCAUGUAGUAUGCACGCCACAGCUAACCACUUCAAUCUGAUGCUUCACAUCUUCAUCUUCAUCUCUGAAGUACUGUGGUUAUGUGAAUUGAUGACAUUUCUUGAAAGAUAGAUAUUUCAGUUGAUAGGCAGGACAAUGAACCUAAGGAAUGAUAUUUUAAAAAAACCUAAAACAGCAUUAUGAAAAUUAUUGCAUAUAUGGUAUCACAUUUAGUUCUGCUAUUACCAUGCUUCUCAUUAAUUUUGUGAAUAAUACUUGAUGCUCUGUAAAUGCCUGGUUAGAAAAAGGUUUCUCAUUUGAUAUCAUCCUGCAUUUUCUCUUUGUGGACACUAUAAACAUCUUCUGUAUUGGAAGGGGGCAGCUGUUUUUCUGAUACUGCCAUUUGAAGCAUGUGCCAAUGUACUUCUCCUGAAAUACUGUUCACUUGCAAUGUGUUUCUCAUUGAUUUAUAUAAACUAAAUUAAAUUGUCAUAUUAGUAAUAGAUUGCUGGACAAUUUUAGACCACUCGUAGUGCAUUGAUUCUCAUCUGAUGUAGCCCGUGGGGUUGGAAGGCAUGCUGCUGGGACAUGGUUGAUACAGUUGCCUUUUGGUGUGGUCUGUCUAAUUUCAGAAAUGAUCUUAUUUUAUUCCUUGAGAGGACCUGGUAAUAUUCUAGGAAUCAUGACAUAAUUAAGGGAUGUAAAGCUUGGAAAGGCUCAUAGUGUGUUUCAUCAGCUGAUAGAGUUAGUAAAAGUGGACAAGUUUUCAGAUGCAUAGACCUUCCUCACUUUAAUAUAUAGUGCAUUUUUAUGUGAAUAGUAUCUGUUCUUAUCUGACUGAUCAUUUCUGAAUUUGCAUUAUAAAAUAGAAUAGUGCAAUUACUUUGUGUAUAAAAAUUGUCUAUAUCUAGUAUAUCUUAUUAGCACAGAAUAUAUAUGUAUAAAUGUUUCAUGUUAAUGUGCAAAAGAAAUUGCAAUAAAUUAUUUUUUCCAUGGA